CUGUAGUUGAGCUCUCCUGUUGAAGUGUUCCUGCUGAGUGUGUGAGUUGGCCUAACGAUGUCUGGCCGAGGAAAGAAAGCUGCAUUCAACCCAAAAUCUACAGUGUCCCGUUCCUCCAGAGCAGGACUCACUUUCCCAGUGGGCCGCAUUCAAAGGCUGCUCAGAAACGGCAAUUACGCAGCGAGGAUUGGCGUCGGCUCUGCUGUGUACCUCUCGGCCGUCCUGGAAUAUCUCUGCGCUGAAAUCCUGGAGCUGGCUGGAAACGCCAGCCGUGACAACAAGAAGCAGCGCAUUGCGCCGCGCCACAUCUUGCUGGCUGUGAAGAACGACGAGGAGCUCAAGAACCUACUGGCAGAGGUCACCAUCUCGGACGGUGGGGUGGUGCCAAACAUUCAUGCAGCCCUCCUACCAAAGAAGACCUCAGGUCCAAGGGAAGGUGCAACUGCCAAAGAUGUCCUUUCUCAAGAAUCUUAAUUGUGGCAGACAGGAAGUUUGUUUUAAAUCAAAUUUGUAAUGCUCUAAAACUUUAUACUUUAACUUAUUAAAGCUUAAUUUGUAUUAAACUUCAGUUUGAAGUGCUAUUAACUCUGACCUAGGAAAUGACUCAAGCUAGUGACACAAGCGCCCUAAUAUAAUCCAGACCACAGUGAGGUGCACAGUGUUCAGAAACUUGAAGGAUUCUUAAUGUGUUAUGGUAUGAUCGGCUCGAGUUCAUACACCCUCCAUCCAUGGGAGGCGGUGUGCCUGUUGAACGGUGCUACAGCUAACCUUGUGAAAAGUUGACUAGGGCACAGACUUCUUAUGAAGUCUGGAGCUGCUGCAUUAAGCACUGCAGAGCGCCAGGGUUUGAGCUACAGAAAGAAGAUUGCUCAGUGGAUAAAUUUGGGUGGAAGGCUAUUGUGUG